UCUUUUUUUCUUUAAAUCUGCUAAAAACGUAAAGGAAAUCCCAGUCUAUUCUUUAUGGCCUGCUCCGUUGAAUGAAGUGCAGGUGGUAACGUAACUCUAAUGGCGACGAGCAAUGCAAGAGGGAAUCCUCAACUCGCAACCACUGUUAAUAACAAGAUCGUGUUCCGGUUCAGUCUAGAAUUCAUCUAUAAAAUCUUCAUCUCCCACCAUUUUUUCCUACAAAUUAUCGAUUGAAAGUUGCAGAAGAGAUCAGAAGCGAACCACUUCUCUGCAGACUUGUAAAUUCUUACAGCCGAAGAGAAAUAGAGGAAUAUGGUUCAGAGUUUGAAGGUUGCGUUACUCACUAGGCGGAGCCUUCAGAGUAUUCGUCUCCUCACUCAAAGAAGAACCCAUUGCUCUCUUCCCAACAACUCUUCCGAUUCCAACCAUGAUCUCGAUCAUGAAGUGCUCGUUGAAGGCAGGGCUUGGUCCAGAACCGCCAUUCUUAACAGACCUUCGGCUCUCAAUGCUCUCAAUACCAAUAUGGGGGCUCGACUGCUUAAAUUGUACAAUUCUUGGGAAGAAAACCCCGAUAUUGGUUUUGUAGCCUUGAAGGGUAGUGGCAGGGCAUUUUGUGCUGGUGGAGAUAUUGUUUCGCUUUAUCAUUUGAUAAACGAAGGGAAGAUGGAGCAGUGUAAAAAGUUUUUCAGCACAUUGUAUACUUUUAUAUACAUACUUGGUACAUACCUGAAGCCCCAUGUAGCAAUUCUAAAUGGCAUUACCAUGGGUGGUGGUGCUGGAGUUUCAAUCCCUGGGACUUUUCGAGUUGCAACUGAUAAAACUGUUUUUGCUACCCCUGAAACGCUAAUUGGUUUCCACCCUGAUGCUGGUGCAUCCUUCCACCUCUCACAUCUGCCUGGUCGCUUGGGAGAGUACUUGGCUCUAACAGGAGAAAAGCUCAAAGGAGAAGAGAUGGUUGCUUGUGGGGUUGCGACGCACUACUCUCAUAGUUCAAGGCUUCCAUUAAUUGAAGAGAAUCUAGGGAAUUUGGUUACUGAUGACGCUUCUGUUGUUGAAACUUCACUAGAAAAAUAUGGUGAUCUUGUUUAUCCAGAUCAAACUAGUUUACUUCACAGGAUUGAAACACUUGAUAGAUGUUUCGGCCAUGACACUGUUGAAGAAAUCAUUGAUUCGUUGGAAACCGAGGCUGCUGGAACAAAUGAUUCAUGGUGCACCUCCACUCUAAAACGACUGAAAGAAGCAUCACCGUUGAGCUUGAAGGUCUCUUUGAAAUCUAUACGAGAAGGAAGAUACCAAACCCUCGAUCAGUGCUUGAUUCGUGAAUACCGAAUGUCCUUACAAGGGAUAUCCAGGCAGAUCUCGGGUGACUUUUGUGAGGGCGUUCGCGCACGGGUGGUGGACAAGGAUUUAUUACCAAAGUGGAAUCCUCCUACCUUAGAGCAAGUAUCUGAAGAUAUGGUGAACCAGUAUUUCUCUCCACUUAGUGAAAAAGAGCCUGAUCUUGAGCUACCCACCAAACUACGUGAAGCAUUCCCUUGAUUUUACCACUCAAAUUUAUACAUUUUGGCGUUCAAAAAUUUCGUACCUAUUUAUAUGCUCAAAUUAUUCAACUGAAGAUUGCCUGAAAUAGUUACAGGGUUCCCAAAAUUGCUUGGCCAAUCCUUCAGGAGAAUCUCCUCCAUUCAAAGAAUCUGUAUACAGAUUCUGAUCUUUAGGUUGGUAACUGCACAUUUUAGCCUGCUUAAUUGCCAAAAUGCAGUGUUUAUGCUUUCUUUUAUGCAAAAAAAACAGAGAUGAGAAUGCUGUAAUUUCAUCACAUCAACUGUCAUUAUCUGCUUGAUGAGUGAAACUUUAUGUUUCAAUUAUAUUGAUGAACAUUCGUUCUCAUUAAAUAAAUA